AUGGAAGCUUCAUAUCCCAUGGCAACUCAACAGAUCCAAUUCUACCAGUACCGGCCCGACUCGGACGCACGACAUAACGCUGUGUUCACGCCAAUGCCAGCAGAGCAGCCUGCAUAUAGCCCCAUGGCUGGGUAUCCUCAUCACCUGCAACACCAACACCCGCACCAGCAGUACAUGAUUCACCAGUACUGGCAAGGUCCGGCUCCAUUUGCCCAAGGACACCCUCAUGCGCAUUACGUGCCUCAGCAGGUUCUGACUCCCCGAGCGUCACCACCAUUGACCCUGGCCAUGCCGAUGGCUAUGCCCAAGAUGAUGCUGGACAGCAACGCCCACAUGGAACACGGACACUUUUUGGAGAGCCGGCACUCUUCACCUCCUACUCCAUGUCUCUCGGCCUGCCCCAGCACCGCUAGCAGCCCUCCGGCCAGCAGUGUGAACCAGACGCCCGUGCACGGCGCCGGGUACUUCAACUUGCCCAUCGAAGCAUCUAAGGAGGAAAUGCAGCCUCUUACAUUUCUCGAUGAGUGGGCGGAGAACGGACAGGUGCACAUUUUCCCGCAUCCCGGUGAUGCCAAGGCCGCAAUGGUCCCCAGUAACGGCACCGACUCCUUUCGUUCUGCCGCAUCCACAGCCAGCACCAUCAACUUGAGCAGCUGCACAUCACCCUCGUUGGCCCCAGCUUCACCCCAAUCUCAAGUCUCGCCAUCUGCCUAUCCCGUGGCUGAAUUUGUCAACCUGCGAGAUUUGACCUCAACCUCACUCGAACCCGUGGUCUCGGCUCCCGUCCAGACCUUCCCUCCCUUGCCAACUCUAUCGGCCGAAGACGACGAGCACAAAUUUGCCCUGGGACAAGCCUUCCCCAUCACCCCCGAGCAUGAAACUGCCGACCCCUUCACUCUCGUUGAGAACCCCUCGUUUGACACUUCUUUUUGCACCGAGUUCGACUCGGAAGACGAGUUCAGCUUUGUCAACUUCACCGACCCCGAGAUUGCCUACAACGGCGACAAGAGACUCAAGUUGUCGAUCGGUGAAGAGGAGGACUUUUUGAGUGUGCACAGCUUCGGCAGCUUUGACGAGGACGAACACGCCGCCCACGCGGGGCUGUUGUCACCUCCCGCUUCAUCCUUUUCUGACUCGGGCUCGUGCUGCGCAUCCAAGAAGAAGACUCAACGCAAGAUGAAGCGCACUGGCUCGACUGACAGUGAUUUGGAGUUCCAUUCCUUCACUCAGUCCGAUGCCCACAUCAACAGCCACGCCGAUGGCCAAAGCAACUCCGAUGGCACUCCCCAGGAGCAGCAAAGCAACAAUGAUGACAACAACGGCUCAAGCAACGCCGAUGGCUCUACUCCGUCGCAAGCUCCCGCCAACCGACGUGGACGCAAGCAAUCCCUGACCGAGGACCCCUCCAAGACCUUUGUCUGCACGCUGUGCUCACGCCGCUUCCGCCGACAAGAACAUCUCAAGCGUCACUACCGCUCUCUGCACACACAAGACAAGCCAUUCGAAUGCAACGAGUGUGGCAAGAAGUUCUCUCGCUCAGACAACCUCGCUCAACAUGCCCGUACCCAUGGUAGCGGUGCCAUCGUGAUGGGUGUCCUUGAGAAUGGAGAACUCCAACCCCAUCAACCCUUCGACGAGGAAAUGGGCCAUGCGCUGUACGAGGCGGCACAGAGAGCCGCUUUGGCAACGUCGUCCAGCAGCAGCGCUUCCGAUUCGUCAUCGGGAGAAAGCAAGCGUGCUUUGAAGAAGAGAAAGCGAGACGAAUCCCUGUAA